AGAGAGAGAGAGAGAAAGGGGCACAGAGGGGAGAAAAUGAGGGUGUGUUAAAAAGGAGGGGAAAGUUUGGUGAGAAUAAAAGAAGACGCUGAUGUGGAGAGAAAGAGAGAGAGAAUGUGAGUUAAGAGAAGAACAAAGAAGAGUGAAGAGUGGAAAGAGACAUUAGAUAUCCUAUUAUUCUUCCAUUCAGAGAUGAUGUCAUUCUGCUGGAAUUGGGCAGCUCUGCUCCUUCUACUAGUACUGACCCUUGACCUGCUUCCCACCCACCUCAUCAACACCCGACCCCUCCUCACACAUGCCAUCCCCACCUCCCCGACGGUCACACACCCCAAGAUCCAAUAUGUUACCGGCGUGGGCUUUGACUACGACGAAGAUGACUACACUGAAGAGAAAGCUUCCCAUUCCCCUCCCAAUUACAGCAAAACCUCAUCAGCUUCUACUCUGGUUCCGAUGCAGCCCAAGCCCUGUGACUACCACCCCUGCCAGGACAACCAGAUACCGUGCUCCCAGCUCUCUGCCCAGACCGGGUGCCUCUGCCCUGGGCUAACCGGGGUAGACGAGCCCCCUCACGCUCCACUCCUCCAGAAGCUAGUGCCAGGCACUGAUGGAGGGGCAGAGGUACGGUGGUGCGCUCCAGCCUCUGUGGUAUCUGGAUACCGGGUCGUGAUCGAAGAUCGAAAGGGAGCGCCUCUCCAGUUCCGGGGUGAUUCUCGGAGCGGGGUGCUGGGGGAACUAGAGGCAGGUGUCAAGGUGUGUGUGGAGGCAGUGAACAUAGCGGGAACCAGCGCCCCCUCUGAGCUCUCCUGCCUGCGCUACGACCCCCCUGAGGCCACCAACCUGGCCCUAAGGGCGGGGGUCAUCGGAGGGGGUCUGGGAUUUCUCCUGCUCCUCUCCUUGGUCGCCCUGGUCCUCUGGAGGCGACAGACGUGUAAAACAAGGGAAAACUCUGCAGAGGGGCUGGGGAACCCCUCCUACAGCACGGAGGGAACGCUGUGAUGCAAUUCUGUGUAGCAGAGAAUGUAAGAGUAAAGUAACUGGGAUGGGACAGCGACAAAAUGGCUUCCCUCUCCAGUGACUCACCAGCACAGUGCUCAGGUUGUUCAGAAUCCUGCACUUAGGAAUAUGGAAAUUAAAUAAUAACUUUUGACUUUUGUGAACUAAAUAACCCUGACAAAAGCUUAAGAAGCUUUGUGACUAAAGAGACUGCAGGUUGUUUGCUGGCAAAUUAACUUGUGUACAGUGGUGAUUUUAACAUGUAAAUCUUGGUGGGGCAAAAAAAUGGGAUGUGCAUGCCAGCAAAGCCAUUACACUACACAACACUAAACAAUACAUUAAUUGCACUAUAACGGUGACAAACGUUGCCACAAACUGUUAAUGCCUACAGUAUACAUAUACAUAUACAUAUCAUAUACAUAUCUCCCUGGCAUAUUACAUAAUUUAUCCAGCAGCAUACAAUACCUUUUUGUAUACUGUGCCCCAUUGAACAGGAAGGUGGUGCGGCGGUCCUUCGUGGACAAAUUUUGCUAUCAAAGUCUGGCAUUCUCUGGAUUUAUGAUGCUUUCAAAACUACUGGCAACUCUGAAAAAAAUAAGGUUGAAUCAUGAUGACGUCAUUGAUUUUCAAGUUCAUGAAAGAUGACGGAUUUACAAUUCUGAGUUGGAUGACCGUUCAAAACGUAUUUUCCCAGUCGGAUGCUUGUUUAUUCCCGAUUUCCCAGUUGUCUUGAUUUCACUGAAGUCAAGUUUUCGCAGAUCCGAGUUAACAGAUGUUUUGAGCGUGGCACAAAUUAUGCUUCAUUGACAGCAUGGCCAAUGUUGAAUGUUUAUCAUUUUAAACUUGGAAAAGAGCCCCUUAAUCCCAGAUUUCAUUGACAGCAUGGCCAAUGUUGAAUGUUUAUCAUUUUAUCACAGCCACUCUACUGAAUAGCAGGCUAGUGAUUGCUUUGUAAUUCUUGCAGUUAGCCACUGUCACUGAUUCCUUCCAAACCACUCAUAGUUGAAUUUGCGAUUUCCAACUUGUUGUGUAAUGUUUAUGUCCAAUUGCCAAUGGCCGUUGAGUAGAUUAUCAACUUGAUUCAUGAUGAUGACUGCUACCUAAGAUUUUGAAAGUAUGAUGUUGACAUGAUCAGUCCAAUCAAAGCUACUGUACAUAUAACGUGAUUUGACUUAAUUUUAAGGGGAUGACUUUGGCCAAUGACUGUGGCCAAUGACCUUGAGCCUUCUUGGAUGGGCACUUCUAAUGUAGCUCUAUGGCAGCACCCAAGGAGCUAGAAUUUUCUAGCUCUACCUUUAGACUUGGCGGUGACGUAGUUUCCCCAUGAGUGACAGAACACUGAGCCAAUCACGGCUCAACGCUCCGUAUUUUCUGCUGGCUUGCCCCACCACCACAGAAAGCACUGAGCUAGACUGAAACACCUGCAUUUUGGAGCUGCCUUACUCAAGAAAACAAAAAAGAGACCGUGUUUGAUUUCAAGUUUAUUAACUCAAUCCUAGAUUUUUUUUUUAAACUUGUUUGCAGACUGAUAUGUGACACGUAUGAAUUAAUUAAAAUAACAUGCAAAACAGGAAAGUCAAUUAUUUUGCUAAAAAUGUGGGGUUCAAAACAGGUGGAGCUCCUGCCCUGAAUGACGGGUAGCCACUGCUUGUGUACCAUUCGAUCAUGACAGGGAAGAGUUAUGGCAGUCGGAUUCAUGUGUAGAAUAAAUUAAACUGAUUUAUGAAUAACAAAAGCAAUGUUUUUAGAAUAAAAGUGUUUACAUAA